AUGGAGCAGCAGAGUAUGGAUGUUUAUAGCCAUCUGUUCUACUUCUCUAAAUGUUCUUCUGUCUUCUUGAUUCCAAUACAAAUGUGGAUACUGAGGGUUGAAAUUGGGAGGAAACACCAAGGCAAGAUGGUCGAAACAUUGGAAAUCAGAAUCGAUUUUGUUGACAGCCUGAUUCAUCAUCUCGAUAAUUGGAUUGAUUUUGCUGUGUCGUCACGGGCAAAGAACCUAACUUUGGAUCUGAAGCCCCCGAAAUUUCGGGAGCGUAACGACCACUAUGUGUUUCCUUUCAAACUUUUAGACGACGGAAGUGUAACACGUCUGCAGCAUAUGCAGCUUAGCUUUGUAUUUCUGAAACUACCUUCUCAAUUCAGUGGUUUUCCAAAUCUAAGAAAUCUUUACAUACAAGUGGUACAGGCCAGCAGAAAGGAUCUUGAACAUGUCCUGUCCCACUGUUGUAAACUUGAGUGGCUACGGAUAGACAGAUGCAAUCUCAACGAUGAACUAACGGUGGAUGGUCUGUUACCCCAUCUCCUCUACUUGUAUGUUGAGCACUGCAAAUUAACAAGGAUAAAAUUCCAUGCUGUGAAUCUAGCCACCUUCAAAUACGAAGGAGAGUUUAUACCAAUCGACCUCAGCUACUCUUCCAAGCUGCAAAAUGCAUAUUUUAGGUUGAACGAGGCAGUUUUUCGGAAAGUUCUCAUAUCACUUCUGAAGGGCCUUCCGAAUGUACAAUGUCUGACUUUGCGUAUUGGGUGGCAACAUCUUGAGAAGCAAUGGUUGUGGGAUAACCCAUUGAAGUUUCAUCAUCUCAGGCACUUGCAGUUAUUCAUGUUUUCACAUUUCGAACAUGUUGACAAGAUUCUUUAUUUAAUAUCAUUUCUGAGAGCCACGCCAUUCAUUGAGAAGCUGGAGGUCCAUUACACUGGCUUCGCCUUAUGGUUGGCCGAUGUAGGCCCUCGCCGACAGGACUUUGGGCAAUGUAAAUACCUUUAUUUGAAGGACAUGUGGAUCACUGGAUUCAAAGCAGCAAGGGGGCAACUCGAGUUUCUUUUGCACGUCGUGGAAAAUGCGCCUGCGCUGGAGGCCAUAACCGUAGAUACCAAACAACGGCAUUGUACGGACUUUUCGCCAUAUAUAGACUAGCAGGGAAACAGUUCUAUAGUAUAAACUUUAGAUGCCGUAUUGCAAAACUAAUUGCGGAACGCCGGGACUAAACUGCGAGACGAAUCUAAUGUGGGUAAUUAAUAUACUGCGAGACAAAUCUAAUGUGGGACCAAACAGGCCCGGCCCUAAAUGAUAUUCUGAAGUAAUGUUUAGCUUAUUGCUAGAGUACAUGAAUUUCAGUAUUUGUUUCGAA